AUGGCCACAGAAACAGCAAAAAGGUCCCGCCGGGCUUGCAGUGAUCCCGUCGGUAACGGCGUGAGCCAAGGAGACGCGCGAGAUGGUAAUGGCUGCACUGUAUGCAACAACGGCAACAACUAUGGCUUUGGGAAGAGUACCUGUGGACGAUGUGGGCGUUGUCAUGGCUGUGGAAGCACCAAUACUGGGAUCGGACCAGUCCAAGCCGUCUACUUCGGCGGGAAGAAAGCUGUGCGGAAGAUUGGCCAGGUCUUUGGCGGCGGAAAGGAUGGAGCGGAAGCCGAAAAGACUGCCGCUCUGCCAACUACCGCACAAAGCGAUGAACAAGGCUCCGGCCAGGCUUAA